AUGAAUAACUACAAGAAAAGGAACUACGGUGGUUCCAGCACAGGUUGGUCAAAGAACAAGGCGACCGUAAGUUCUUCUGUGAGCACUUAUGACGGUCUAGACGUUGUCUACAAGCUCACCAAGGGCAACAGUGACACGGAGCCUUCUGCUCAGGAAGAGCCUUCCAAGAAACAAGUCUAUUCAAUUUUCGCCCCCAAGAAGAAACCCAGCAACACAAGCAGCAACAAGUCUAAAAGCAAGUUUGAAGACAUGUACCGCAAUGCAUUCAAGGGCAAACGCAACGUCAAUCUCUACAUUUCAGGCCAACAAGUGAUUUGGGAGUUUUCCUUUGAUCGGACCAUCAUGGCUGCUAUUAAGGAAUACGUCCCCAACCGUUCCUUUGAUGGCACCAUCAAGAAAUGGGUUAAUCCUGUCGAAUCGCUACCGGAAGCCAUUGAACUCUACGAGUUUAUGGGUCGAAGUCCUGAUGAAGAACUCCUCGAACGAAGCAACCAAGUGACCCAAGCCCGCAAGACGGCAGUCGAUCCUCGCGAAGUGAUUACACUCAUGGUUCGUCCAGAGGACACAGCUACAAACGCAACCUGGCCAUUUGGAUCCGUUCAUGUCCAGUUUUUGUUUGACGCCAAGAUUGUGUCGUCCAUCAAGUUAUUGCCUCCCUCCCAGAGACAGUUUGAUCCAAUGACCAAGCACUGGCCCAUUGACUUGCUGGCUUUGCCAUAUUUGCUAGAAGUUUUGUUGCCAUUGGAAUAUCGACCCAGCAAGGAGCUUUCUGCCUUGUGCGGAAAAUGCAAAGAGAUUUCCGGCAUUAUCAAUACACAAGCUAGCAACGCUUAUGCAGAAGAUAAUGACGAAAACCGGGAUGGAGAUGAUAGUGGAAGUUCUGGUGAACAAGAUUCCGACAUCACCACACAAGCCAAACUCAGCAUCAACCGAGACAACUGCGGCUACUCGAAACGCCCCAAGUUGACAGUGGCACAAGAAGUAUGGUCUCUCAAAAAGAAGGAAGGCACCAUGUUGGAAGACGAGUUUGACUAUGACAUUCUUGCCUCUCGAGUGCUAUCUCGUCGAGCCAAAGCCGAAGGAUGCGAUUGCGGUGAACCGUGGAGGCUUUCGGGUGGCAAACACAUCUGCCGCUUCUUCGGGACGUUUGACUGCGACAACUGCGGGCAUUCAUGGACCAGUGCCUAUACUUGGAAGGGUGAGAGGCAAGCCUGUCGCCGCUGCGAGGAGGAGAGUUAUCCCGCCAAAACGGAGCGCUUGCAAAGCGGUAUUGGUACUAAUGGAGGAGGUCUUGGCCAGCACGACAGCUCCCGCUGUUCUCGCUGCCAAAAGCUGGGCUACAACUGCAGUGGCUACUGA